GUUGAUGCACCCCACUCAAAUGUUUGAUGUCAGCUAUAUCAGAUUGUUUAAACUCGUUGCAAAUACAAGGUAUGGAGAAGCACCUGAGGCUAUAGUUUACACUAUCAAAAUUUCUGUGACCACAGUAGGAAUUUUGCAUAAGUGAGGAUUUGUAAGAAAUAUGUGAGGGAACUGUUAAACACUGAGUCAGUUCUCUCAAACAUCUCUUAUAAAUCCUUAAAAACCUGGACCUAUACAAAAUUCCUACUGUGAUCACAGAAACUUUGAUAGUGUAAACCUGGCUUCAGUUGGGUACUUAAAAUGUCCAAACAUUCGGUGCUCUCGGUGAUUCAAACACCAAGCAUUAAAAUGUAAUUCACUGUAAUUUUUAGACAACAACUCAUUACUAUACUGAGCCAAGAACUGAGUACCCUGGGUGCAGAGCCUCUUGUGAUAGAAGUGAGGACACGACGAGGAGGCUCUGGUCACACGAGCAUCCAGCCUCACUUUGGCGAGUUCAAUAUUUGAACUCCGUUCGUGAUUGGUCAAUAUUUAUGCGAGUCUUUUCAUUGGUUAACCGAUGAGCAUUGGUUAACCAAUGAAAAGACUCGCAUAAAUUUAGACCAAUCGCAAACAGAGUUCAAAUAUUGAACUCACCAAAGUGAGGCUGGAUGCUCGUGUGACCAGAGCCUCCUCGUCGUGUCCUCACUUCUAUCACAAGAGGCUCUGGCACCCAGGGUAAGAACUGAGGGGUGUGGAAGGAAUUCAUGAUAUUUGGAAACAAACUGGAAGACGUUGCAUUCCAAGACUUCUGUGCUCUUUUCAGCAAGUACGGAACACCUUAAAAAUGUGCAAAGUGUCUUUUCUACGACGUUUUACCCAUCUAUUGUGGAAGCCAGCUUUUGCAGACAAUGUUAGCGUUGUAAAAUAAGUAAUAAUAAAUCUUCAUUGCCAAUGGAAGGAUUGAACACUGGGAAAUAAGCUUAAAUUAACUGAUUGGGGGAAUUACCCUGUUAGUUUAGCUUUUCUUUCUAUUGCAUAACUUUUGUAAGAGUCAAUUUUUGCUGCGUUUCAUGCCCGUUGUGAAACGACAAAGCGAAUUAAGAAAAGAGUUGCUCUCCAAGGUUUUUGAUUCUGAAAAUCCAAGCGGCGAAAAAGCUAUCGUAGAACGAAACCGACCACUGUCAAGCUACCCGAAUGUCAAAAGCAGAACAAGUACAGCAAAUGAGAAAGUAAAACCGAGACAUAGGCGUACUGUGAGUGCAGAGCUGAGAUUCCCGCACUGCAAGAAGAUAUGGACGACAUUCUGAACGGUUAUAGGACCACCAAACCCCAACCAAAGUCAGUUUCACCGACGAAGAUGCGAUUCCGAGGUAAUUGGGAUCUGGAAUCGCGCACAAACAAUAGUCAAGCCCGAAACGAAACAUCCUUACCAAACACAUUAACGCCAGAAAGGAAGAUAAGAUCGAAAGGCAUCGAUUUCGGCAUCUUAAAAGACAGGAACGUCGAGGAUACAGACCAUUUGACGAACAACACCUUGACGAAAGACUGUCCUAAAAUGUCGAAGGGUAAAGUAACGGAAAAUUUAACCACUGACACUGUUUCUCUUGAGGAAAACUCGACUAAAAAUUCCCAAAACGAGGACAAUCAUGAUAGGAUUGUUCAACAAGAAACCAUAAUUACUUUAAAAAGUCCUGAAGAAGCAGUUACUAAGAAACACCCAAGUAAGCAUUCAGCAAAAUCCGUGAAAAUUUUAAAUGAGGAUAGUGGUGUUGUAAAUGAUGACAGCUGUAAUUUCUUCCCGAAGCAAUUGAGGAUCUUUCAAAAUGAGAACAAAUUGCCUGAAAAAUUGCUAAAAGACUUAAUCCAUACGCUCAAGAGCGACACAACAGCAUCAAAUACGGCACGGUUUCUUGCAAAAAUGCUAAACAGCGAUGGAAAUAGUAAUUUUUCUUGUUUAAACGAAAAUCCUGGCAGUUUAGUAUCACUUCAACUAGGGAACACGCCAAUGGGAUGCAUCUUCUGAGUGAUGUGAAAAAGCGGCAACGGCAUGAAGCUCAGAGAUUACGGAUCAUGCGCACUAUUGUGCUGGCCUAUGAUACUGUUUGGAAUGAAAGGGUUAAAAAGAUUAGCACUGCAGCUUAAAACGAUUAACUGGUACAAAUAAGAAAAACUUAUUGUCAGCUAAUUAACUCUUAAUCUUUGAAAUAAAAGACAAACAUAUCAUAUCUUCUGUAGUUAGGGUAAAUUUCAUGGGAGUUUAAAAGUUGAAUCGA